UUCCUGAAUGGUGUUGCGUAAUGUUAUUUUAGUCAAGUCAAUAUAAAUGCUAGUCCCACCAAACAUUUUCCAGUUCGGUCGAGUCAGCUUUUAAGGGUUUGUUAGUCUGAGCUGAAUUCGAGAAGAGGAGUGAUCUUGUAAGCCUUGCAAUGCAAGCGUUUGCUCUCAUGAUCGCGCUGUUAGGCGUGGUGUGCGCUGACAUCAACCUAUACAAUCCGAGGGGUAGCAACAAUCGACUUGACGAAAAUGGGCGUGAGAGAAAUAAUUCCAAUAGGCUUUUUGACUCCCAGAACAAUAACCGCGGCGGCCACAAUGUGGGCAAUCUGUACUACUACACCGGCUCACACGUUCAAGUUCAAUGGGCGAACCAGCAUUCGUGUGGAGACAUGAACAACGAGUGUGAGCUAGUCUUGCAGUACAUGUGCGGGGACCUGGUGCGAGAUGGGACCCGCCGCAAUACUAUCCCGGAUAACCCGAAUUCCUGCAAGAACAAGAAUUGUAAUACCGAUAAGAGGUAUGGGAUGCACGAGGAUUACGACUACUACAACGAGUGCAGAAAUAGAGCAAGAAACAGGGGGUUGUUCACCGCAGAUCGGAAACUCAAAGGAAUUACCGCCAAGUACACACGCCAGAACAACAAUGGGAACAGACGAGGCUACGAAUGUCCAGAGGAGCGUGAUUACUAUCCGUACUGGCACCCAACACCAUGGAGGGAUAUCGCUGUGUUCACCAAUAACGUGACACGAUGCUCGAUGUACACGCGGGAGAGCGAGAAUGUAAAGGGCCGCUACAAGUGCAAGGUUCCCGCGGAACUCCUCAAGAACAGCAAGUUUGUUAUUCCUGACACCAUGAAAGAAUGCAAGAAAAUUAAGAACGCCGUCUGGACCAAAUCCCAGUCACAUGGCAUGACCGCACCAGAGUGCCUACCCUCGCCAUGGUCACGUGACAAUCACCAGGGCAACACAGUCGGUGGGGAGUUCAUGAAGUACGACUGGACCGUUCCCGACAUGCCUCACGAGCGUUGUGUCUUCAGGAUAAGGUACAACAUCACCACGGGUGACUACCCAGCGUGGGACCCCACUACGGACUACCAGCGCAACAGCCGACCCAACAUUGCAAACGCAUUUCACUAUCAAGACAAAUACGACCUAAAGGAUAAGAAAGGCAAAAGGCUUAGUGACUUUGAAACACGGAGACGAGGUUACUACUACAGAAACGAUCCCGACGUGAGAAUCUUCGCAAACGUGCGUGGCUUCAAACUCCGCAUCCAGAUCAACACGAACCAGGACGGGAGGACAUUCGAGGACAGGAGCCACACAUUUGCCAUUCGCAAGCGCCCGUCGUACCUCAAGUCCGCCAAGAUCCAUAACGUAAACGUGCGAGGCAAACGAGGCAACAUCGUGCAAGUCUUUCCGACCACCGAGUACGACUUCGUCCCAAACACAGUCACCAUGAAGAGGAACGAAUACGUCCACUUCCAAUGGACUGGGUCUGACACCAACCCAGCCAACAAUGCUGGCGAGGGAAAGGCGGGCACAGACAGACACAAUGUGCUUCUCUUGGAGGGCAAAGCGUACCCUGUGGGAGUAAGCCGAUCUUUCACCUAUGGACACUGGGGCAGGAACUACCCCAUGCACCUAGACAACUCUUCCUUCCUGGGACUGGACAGACACGACCUGCAAUACCUGGCCAUAUCAUACCCCCAGUCCGCUAUCUCUCAAAACAAUGAGAAGUUGGAUUACACAGGUCGGUACUUUGACCUUGGACCGCGAAAGGUUACAAAAGCGGGGACAUUUUACUACAUGUGCACUAGAAACAACAACUUCACUAACAGGAGCCAGAAGGGGAGAAUCGUUGUCAAGUAGCAGAGCAACAGACUAAUUUGAAUUACUGAUGAUAACUAUUGUAAAGUUUAGAUAAAUAAAACGGGAGAACAUUGUA